CCAUUUAAAUUUUCUCCUCGUCUUUUCAGUCCAGUCAGACAGAGAACAGAAUUUUUCUUCUUGAAGAAAGUUAUAAGAUCUCUAAAUCAGAAGACAUGUGGUGGGAAUCGGAGUGUUGAGUAAGAGGGAAAACUGAAAAGAGAAGCACUUGAAGUUGGUAAUACAUGGCCGGUUGUGUCGGAAAGUGGCAGGCAUUUUCUCCCUAGGAAACAGCGGAGAGAACAAGCACCACCACCACCACAGACCCAACACUUAAUAUCUUACAGAACUUAUUUAGUCUAUUCAUUGCCCCACUCGACAGGAGGAGCUAGCCAAAUCGUUUUAAAGUAUAGAGAUGGGGACGAAUAGUGUAAGCAAUACAAAGCAAGAUAAAUCUUCGCAAGGCUCCAAUCCUCGUAGUAACCGGAAACAAGAUUUGACGUGGAACUAUGUUAGUGAAGGUGUUGAUUCAAAGGGGAAGAAAGUAACGGCAUGUAACUUCUGCGGAAAGCAAUACGUUGGAAUCAGCAGCAUGAAACAACAUUUGGCUGGUCUGAAUCAAAGUAAAACUGCAUGCAAGGAAGUUUCUUCAGAGGUUCGAGAUUCUAUCGUACAAUCCAUGAAAGAAAACAAAGAGAAGACGAAGGAGAAAAUUGUUGUGGAUCUUGAGAUGACAGACUAUGAAGUAAAGGAUGGUCAAAGUUCUCAACAAUCUUGCACUUCCCAAAGUAGAAAAAGAAAGAGAGAAGCUACACCAGGAAAAGAAAAGAUGGCUGAAUCAGAAUCAGCAAAGCAACACAUUGAUCGCAUUCGCAGGACUAAGUUUUCUAUCGGUGGAGACGAGAAUCCGUUGACGGAAGAUCUUCAUCAGGCUGUGAAGAAUCUCUCAGCUGAGCUCUAUGCCAAGGAUGUUCACUUCCUCAUGGAGCUUAUCCAAGUAAGCAUUCUGCUGGAUGUAGAAACCAUGUUUCUUGUAUUUUUUUUUUUUUUGUCGAAGGAGUUAAAUGUUCCAUUUGGUUUCCAGAACGCUGAGGAUAAUGAGUACCCGGAAGGUGUGGAUCCAUCUCUUGAAUUUGUGAUUACAUCUGAUGACAUCACAGCCACUGGAGCUCCAGCGACUCUCCUUAUCUUCAACAACGAGAAGGGCUUUUCAGACAAGAACAUAGAGUCCAUUUGCAGUGUUGGAAGGUCCACCAAGAAAGGAAACCGAAAACGCGGUUACAUUGGAGAGAAAGGUACCAUAAGACCUCAAAUACAAAACUUAACUUUCAAAAGACCCUUGUCCUUACAUAUGUGUGUUCUUUUUCAAUCUUUGGCAGGAAUCGGAUUCAAGAGUGUGUUUCUGAUUACUUCUCAGCCUUAUAUUUUCAGCAACGGGUAUCAAAUUAGAUUCACCGAGGCACCUUGCAGCCACUGCAGCCUUGGUUACAUUGUUCCCGAGUGGGUUGAGCAACAUCCUUCUCUUGUCGACAUACAAAGGAUCUACGGUUCAGGUUCUUCUCUUCCGACCACAACCAUCAUCUUACCACUAAAGAGUGACAAAGUAGAGCCGGUGAAAGAACAGCUCUCUAAUGUUCACCCUGAGGUUCUCUUGUUCCUUUCCAAGAUCAAGAACCUAUCUAUCAGAGAACACUGCCAAGAUCCUAACCUUAGCACAGUGAACUCCAUCGGUAUCAUAACCGAGACGAAUUUCAUGACGAGGAAGAGCAUUGAUGCUGAGUCUUACACAAUCCAUCUCUCUGCUAGUGAAACAGACACAGAGAAACAAUGCAGUUACUACAUGUGGAGACAAAAGUUCCCAGUGAAACAGGAGAGCCGUGUUGAAAGAAGAACCGAAGUCCAAGAUUGGAUGAUAACUUUAGCCUUUCCAUUAGGCGAGCGUCUUAGCCGUGGAAACACCUCUCCUGGCAUCUAUGCCUUUCUUCCUACGGAGAUGGUAACAAACUUCCCAUUCAUCAUCCAAGCAGAUUUCAUCCUUGCGUCAUCAAGAGAAAUUAUACUACUUGAUGAUAUAUGGAACCAAGGGAUUCUCAGCUGUGUUCCGUUAGCCUUUGUGAACGCAUUCACCACCUUGGUGAAAAAGACCGAUGCUCCUAUCUCUAGUUUGCUGUCUACUUUCAGGUUCUUGCCUGUAACACAAUCUAGCUACGCUAAGCUGAAUGUUGUUAUAGAUUCCAUCAAGGAAAGAAUCUGCGCUGAGGAGAUUGUGCCGAGCGUGUCACAUUUAGGACAGAAGUUCUUUCACAAACCAUGUGAAGUUGGUCGGCUCAUCCCUGCCUUCUGGGUCAUCUUGGAGAAGGCGAGAAGAGAAGGCGCAAGGUUACAGAACAUAUCAUCACAUGGAGUCUACAUUUUGGAUUCUUCUUUUGACAAAAAAGAGAAUGACUCCGUUCUAAACUUCUUGUCUUUGAGAGAAGUCAGCAACGAAUGGUACUCAAAAUGCAUUCAAGGGUGUGAUCUUGUGACUAGUGUAUCAGAAAGUACCUACGUGGAGAUUCUUCUCUUCAUAGCUCAGAACUGGGAUUCGAGAUUCAAGAACACAAACAUGGUUAAGGUUCCUCUUAUCAAGUACCAUGUUCAAAAGGGAGCGACUCAUCUCACCAGCUUGGAAGAGUUCAAUCCUCGGACGUUAUGCCUCGUCGCAGAGAAGAAUCACUCAUGGUUGCUUGAUUGGAAUGGUGAGUUCAGAUGCAUGUCUGAUUGUGUUUUUCUUCCACAUGAAACCAGGAAAGCGUUGAAUGCAUGCUCUACUAAUAUGGAUGUAAUACGUAACUGGCUUGGAGAGAAGAUUACUUUGAUGGAUCUUAGUGUCUCUCUAUACGCACAAUGUCUCUUGCGUAGUCUUAAGAAAGACAACAGGCUUGUGGUGGCAUACGCACACUUUCUGCAUCACUCAGUCACCAAGGGGUUUCUAUCAGUUGAUGAGGCUAAGAAAUGUUGCCAAGACAUGCCGCUUGUGGACAACUAUGGGAAUGUUAAGACGAGUACCUUCGGUGUUCUUGUUCCCGCUGGCGCAGGUAAAUGGGUUAGCUUAAUAACCGGGUCGAAUCCUUGGAGGCAGGACGGUUACAUAGAGCUUUGGGAAGAGUAUAUGACGUCUGGCGUGUUCGCUGGUGUUCGGUCUAAACAGAGAGAGCUUCUUGGGUUCUUGAAAGAAUAUGCUAAAGCUGGAGAUGUACCUGAAGUAGCACCACCGAAUGCUGCUCUACCUGCGUUGUCCGGAGCUCUUCAGAAACAGAAUGUUUUUCUUCUUUUGGAGUGGAUUAGAAGACAUAGAAACUCUCUUCCUUCAAAGUUUCUUGAUUCAGUCAAAGGAGGAAGCUGGCUGAGAACUAAGAUGAAUGCAAGCUAUGAUUAUCGCCCGCCUUCUCAGUCUUUUUACCAUACUUCCUCAUGGGGAAGCGUUCUGAAGAACGGAUCAGUUCUUGUGGAUGUUCCACUUGUUGAUAGGAGCUUCUACGGUAAGAAGAUUGAGAGCUACACAGAAGAGCUGAAAACUGCGGGAGUUAUGUUUGAGUUUAGUCAAGCAUGUACAUUUGUUGGUGAACACCUUAUGCGUUUGGCUGGGACCUCAUCGCUGUCAAGAGAGAAUGUGUUUUCUAUUCUUAAGUUCAUCAGAAACUUGAGAGAGAAGCUCCUCUCACCUGAUGAUUUCAUCACAUCCAUCAAAGGUCGCUCUUGGCUGAAGACAAGUUCAGGUGACAGAUCUCCAGUGGGAGCUGUUCUGUUCAGUGAAGAGUGGAAAGCUGCCUCUCUGAUAAGUGAGAUUCCGUUUGUUGAUGGAGACGCCUACGGUGAAUCUGAGAUCAGUGGGUUCAAGGAAGAGCUGAAGCUGCUAGGGGUUGUGGUUGAGUUUCCUAACAAUCACGGUCUCAUAGUCUCUCAUUUGAAGCCUGAAAAGCUGAACUAUCUUACAGCAGAUGCAAUGAUCUUACUACUUGAGUGCAUGCGUAACUUCACUUCUCAGCAUCUGGUUGAUUCCUUAAGAAGCUCUCAGUGCCUCAAGACAAAAGGAGGCUACAAGUCACCUGCUGAGUGUUUCAUAUCUGAUCCUGACCAGACUUGCUUUCUAACAGUCUUCGAUGAUGUCUUCCCAUUAGUCGAUGAUAGUUUCUAUGGAAGCAGAAUCAGUUCCUACAAAAAGGAGCUAGGACAGAUUGGUGUUGUGGUUCAGGUUGAAGAAGCUGUGAAAGCGUUUGUGAGAGCAUUCAAGCAGAAAGCUGCCUCAUCUUCUCUAACACGAGACAACGCUUUGUCUCUUCUGUCUUUCUACAAGAAACUGAUGGGAAGUGAUCACAAGUUUCCUGAAGAAGUUAUGAAAAGCUACACAGAGUUACAAUGGCUGCAAACAACACUAGGCGGCUUCCGUGCACCAGAGGAGUGCAUUCUCUUUUGUUCAGAGUGGGAACCUCUCCGUCUUAUAGCCAAUCUCCCCUUUAUAGAUGAUACCCCAAAGUGGUACGGCAAGAGUAUACACAGCUACAAGAAGGAGCUAAGGAGCUUGGGAGUCACUGUUGAGUUAAAACAAGGAAUGAACCAUUUGGUUAGCUCCUUAAGUCUCCCUGAUGAGUCUAGUAGCAUCACUCCUUCAAGUGCUCUGUCUCUUCUUAAGUGCGUCACGUUCUUGAUUGAGGAUGGUAGAAAACUCACUCAGGAGUUUCUAGACAAGGUCUCUGUCAGAUGGUUGAAGACACAUGCUGGUUACAACAGUCCUAAAGAGUGUCUUUGGUUUGAUAAAAGCUGGGAACUAGAGCCUUGUGAUGGUCCCUUCAUCGAUGAAAAGUAUUAUGGCUCUAAGCUUAUGUCUUUCAAGAGAGAGCUUAUUGAGGUUGGAGUUGUUGACGAUCCAGACAAAGCUAGGCAGUUGCUUGCUACACACGUUUAUACUCAUUCUGAUUCCGAUGCAAUUUCCCGGAUAUAUAGAUUUCUCAGUAAAACCGAAUGGAAACCAGAGAAAGACUCGUCGUCUUCUUCAGGCAGGAUUUGGAUUCCGAGCGAUGAGAAAUGGGCAGAUGUUUCUAGCUGCGUGGUCAGUGAUGAAGACAAGCUCUUUGGAUCACACCUAAACGUUCUUGAAAACCAUUACAAGAGUUAUGAUCUUCUGUACUUCUUCUCAUCUGCAUUUAACGUGAGAAUAACACCAUCAGUUGAAGAUUACUGUGCUUUGUGGAAAGACUGGGAGAGAACAAAGGACAGAUUGUCAAGCCAUGAAUGCUGUGCGUUCUGGAGCUUCCUUGUGCGACACGGUAUAUCCGAGGACUUACUCUCUGAAUCAUUCUCUCGUUUGCCGGUAAAGACAACAGAUAGCAGCAAUGAUGAAGAAGGAAUCUUGUUGUCUAGCAAAAGCGACGUGUUCAUAGCUGAUGACUUGCUCUUGAAGGAUCUUUUCAUUGACUCCCCUGUUUUUGUAUGGUACCCAACUCCAAGCAACCCUAGAUUGUCACAAACGAAGCUUAUGGAGCUUUACAGGAAAAUAGGAGUCAAAGACAUCUCUCAAUGUGUCGAGACUUCAGAAGCUAAGUUAACAGACCGAACCAAAGUCAAGAAGCAAGAGAAGAGUUUGAUCGGACCAGGGCUAGUGAGGCUGGUUCUAGGGUUUCUCUCUGAUCCAUCUCUUAAGAUAGAAGCUGAGGAACGUUCAAGAAUCAUAGAAAGUCUUGUUAGCCUCAGUGUUCUCCAAACUCCGGAGACGAUCUCAACGGAUUACACUCUGAAACUACCGUCAAAGGGAGAGAAGCUGGUGGCAAAAGCUAAGAAGGUGAUGAGGUGGGAGAGAAAGGAAGGAGUUGUUUAUGCGGAGAAGAUUAAAAAAACUUGCGGGAAAAGAAAAGUUUUGGAGUACGCCACGUGUUUCGCUGAGGUGAUUGCUAAAGGAGUGAUGAGUGGUAGGGAAGAUCUGAUUGAAAUGCUAUCAGAGCUAGUGAAGAUGGCUUACUUGGUUGAGUUUGAUGAAGACGCUUUAGAGUUCCUUAUGAAGUCCAAGAACCUUGAGGUCUAUGAAGAAGAUGAGAAACUUAUCUCAGAUGCCUUCUCCCACAAGUAAAACUAAUCUCAGAUGC